AUGGCUCACCACGGAUCCAUGGCCAAAACGGGAAAUCUUGAUCAUGGUUUCAGAUCCGUGAGGAAAUCAUCUUCGGAUGACCAUCUUACAUCCCCAAGUCCGUUGCGUGGCGGCGGCGUGUCUAACAUCCAUCUAGCUCUCGGACCACGCUACGCCAGUGCUAGAGCUUCGCCAACACCGACCAUCCAGAAUCACCGUCGCAAAACGGCCUCCGAUGACGGGACGCCAAAGUCUACCAAUUCAUCGGCUUUCCUAGUAGGCUCUAGUGUCGAAGAUGAUAUUUUCACCGAAGUAUCGUCUGAAACCCCGGCCAAGGCAUCUGUGGCUAACAACGAAACACAACUUCAAGUGUUCGAAGGCCCUCCGGCAAAGGUAGAUGCUCAGGUCAUCUACCCAGGCACUGCCUGCAUGUUCGUUGCAAAUCUCUCCCAACCUUACGAGGACAAGGUUCUCGAGUUCGAAGUUACCAAGGCCUUUAGCCAAUUUGGAGAGAAUUUCGAGGAAACUGCUAAAACAGGAGAAUUUCAGAAUGAUCACGAUGCUCAGAGGGCAGAAAAGUUUGGCAAGGGAAUAAAAAUUCUUGGUCGGGCUUGCCGCACUGAGAUGGCUCGGGCCCAGUCCUCUUUCCUUGUCUCAAAGAAAAGUGGCAUGCCAACUACAAUUGCUGAGGCUACAACGCUCCUCAGCCAGCUCGGAGAAGUCGCAAAGGCUGAGUUUGCAGACGAGGGAAUCCAACGAUCUCUUGGUGUUCCACCGCCUGUCCUCGUCACAUACAAAAUGUAUGAUUCUAGGCGUGAACCAGUCAGAUACUUUGCCCAGAAUCAAACCUAUUUAGUCAUAGCCAACAAUCCAAAACGACACAAUGAGAUCGUGCCUUCUGCGUCCAAGUGGGACGGCGGCGAUGCACUCAUGCAAAGAUACGACAAGGACCGUCGAUCCGCAUAUGUUGGGAACCUCCCCUCCGACAUGACUGAGGACGCUCUUCGCGCUCUCGCCAGCUCCAGUGGAGAGGUUCUAGGGAUUCAGAUAUACAAGAGGGAGAUUCCAGGCAAACCCGGACAAACAAAUUGCUUUGCAUUUAUCGAGUUUGCAAGGCCAGACGGUGCUGAUGAUCUGAUCACAACUAUGAACAGUACAGAAAUUGAUGGCAAAUCCAUUCGAGUGGAGCGUAAGCAUUCUCGAACGUUUGAGACUCCACGACGUGAAGCUGGGCACAAGAGCUGCUGGUCGACUCUUCCGAGACGCCGGACUCCCAGUUCAUUUACGCUGGCUCAGACUGCAAAUAUUGAUGAUAAUACAUCGCCAAUGAGAUUCACUGAAUCUCAGCAUCGCUCCACAGCCUACAACAAGUCAUUUUCUUAUGGGCAGAGACGCCCGCGCCAGACCAUCUUCAAUAGUGACACGUCUGUUGGCAAAGCCAUGUCCUCUCUCAACCUUGAGCAAGCUCCGGCAAAGGUUGAUGAUACAGCUCAAAAUGUUCAGCUCAGCGGACCCCAAUAUAAAGUCGGAGCUUCUGAAUCCCCUACUAAGAAGUCCGUUGAGUUUGAACUGCCUAACGGAAAUCGCUCCGGAAAUUGCCCGGCCACCCCCAAGAUCACUGCGGCAAACGGGGAUCAGCACGUGGCAGGUCCGCUCAUGCCGGACAAUGAUUCCGGCGCUCAAGCAGCUGUCAACACUGCUGCAGCCCACCAACACCCGAUCUCGCCAGGUGUUAUGAUGCCGCCCUCUUUUGGUUGGACGCCAUUCUAUCAGCCGUUUCCGCAAGGCUAUCAGUACAUGGCGGGACCAUUCACUCCUCAUCAGUCAGGGAAUGAAGGUAUAGUGCCAUCAUAUAUGACUCCUCAAUACCCUGCUCAUCCGACCAUGUUUUAUAAUAACAUGAUGAUGGCAACGCCUCCUAUGAUGGCUCCUCCUCCGACUCCUACGGGACAAUUUCGAGGUUCGGAUCACCACAAGGGACAUGGCCGAGUAUCCAAUGAGCAAAACUCUUCUCAGUAG